GUGAAUGCGGGAGAGCGGAUAUAGUGAAUGCAGGGUCCGGGGAGAGCAGAUAUAGUGAAUGCAGGGUCCGGGGAGAGCGGAUAUAGUGAAUGCGGGGUCCGGGGGAGACCGGAUAUAUAGUGAAUGCGGGGUCCAGGGGAGACCAGAUAUAGUGAAUGCAGGGUCCAGGGGAGACCAGAUAUAGUGAAUGCGGGGUCGGGGGGAGAGCGGAUAUAGUGAAUGCGGGGUCCGGGGAGAGCGGAUAUAGUGAAUGCGGGGUCCGGGAGACCGGAUAUAGUGAAUGCAGGGUCCGGGGAGAGCGGAUAUAUAGUGAAUGCGGGGUCCGCGGAGAGCGGAUAUAGUGAAUGCAGGGUCCGGGGAAAGAGGAUAU